GGCCCUAUUAAUCAACAAAGUGUUCUUGUUCAAUUUCGCUCUCUUCUUCUUCCCCUCUCCCUAAACAAAUUACUCAAAUUCCCUCCCUCUCCUUCUCUCUCUACCCUCUCCCAUGGUGGUUCCAUCAUUGUCCUUACUUCUCCCGUUCCAAUCCUCAUCAUGCCCCACUUUCGUCUCCCCUUCCUCUCCGGCGGCCACCGCCGGCCACGACUCCCAGAACCGUACACCACUACCGCUGAAAUCAGCACCGGCGGAGACGACGUCGUAGAAUGCUACGCGUGCACGCAGGUCGGCGUCCCGGUCUUCCACUCCACAACCUGCGACGCCGCCCACCAGCCGCUCUGGGAGGCCUCCGCCGGCUCCUCCUUGGUCCCUAUCCACUCCAACUCAACAACCGCCAACAACAACACAACCAGUACUACUCCCCUCCCGGCCCCACGCCCGCGCCCCCGCCGCCGCCGUCCCAGCGGCGCGUUCGGGACGGUGCUGGACCCGCGGAGCAAGCGCGUGCAGCGGCUGAACCGGGCGUUCCUCCUGGCCCGGGCCAUGGCGCUGGCGGUGGACCCGCUGUUCUUCUACGCGCUGUCGAUCGGGCGCGGGGGAUCCCCGUGCCUGUACAUGGACGGCGGGCUGGCGGCGAUCGUGACGGUGCUCCGCACGUGCCUGGACGGGGUCCACCUGGUGCACGUGUGGCUGCAGCUGCGGGUGGCGUACGUGUCGCGGGAGUCGAUGGUGGUUGGCUGCGGGAAGCUGGUGUGGGACCCGCGAGCCAUCGCCGCCCACUACCUCCGGUCGCUGAAGGGAUUCUGGUUCGACGCCUUCGUCAUCCUCCCCGUUCCCCAGGCUGUAUUUUGGCUGGUGGUGCCAAGAUUGAUCAGAGACGAGCAGAUCAAGCUGAUAAUGACAAUAAUGCUCCUCAUCUUCCUGUUCCAAUUCCUGCCCAAAGUAUACCACAGCCUCGCCCUAAUGAGGAGAAUGCAGAAGGUCACCGGCUACAUCUUCGGCACCAUCUGGUGGGGUUUCGGCCUCAACCUCAUCGCCUACUUCAUCGCCUCCCACGUCGCCGGCGGAUGCUGGUACGUCCUCGCCAUCCAGCGCGCCGCCUCCUGCAUAAAGCAGCAGUGCAACUUGUCCUCCAACUGCGACCUCUCCCUGUCUUGCUCCGAAGAGCUCUGUUUCCGCCUUGUCUUGCCCGAUGCAUUGGCGGCCGGAAGCGGCUCUUGCGGUGGUUACAAUAACUCGAGUAGUACUAAUAGGACUCCAAUGUGCUUGGACAUGGAUGGCAGUUUCAAGUAUGGGAUCUAUAAGUGGGCUCUCCCUGUCAUUUCCAGUGAUUCCUUGGCUGUCAAGAUUCUUUACCCCAUUUUCUGGGGCUUAAUGACCCUCAGGUAAUUAAGAUUGAUUACCUAGCUAGUCAUGAUUGUGACAUUAGUGGCAAUGACGGGACUGAUUUGAACUGUAGUAAUCGGGAAGAGGGGUAACUAGACUCUGUAUCCUCAAUUUGUUGUUACGAAUUUUACAUCUAAUUUAACCUUGAUGGGGCUAUAGCUCCUCCUGACUUCAACCUAGCUAUGCCGCGUUUUGAGAUUAGUUUGAUUGACUAUGGGGGUUUUGUGUGCAUGGAUGCAGCACCUUUGGGAACGAUCUUGAGCCAACCAGUAACUGGUUGGAAGUGAUGUUCAGCAUAUGCCUAGUACUUAGUGGGUUGAUGCUCUUCACUUUGUUGAUUGGUAACAUUCAGGUGUUCUUGCACGCGGUGAUGGCGACGAAGAGAAAGAUGCAGCUGAGGUGCAGAGACAUGGAGUGGUGGAUGAGAAGAAGGCAGCUGCCUUCCCGCUUGAGGCGGAGAGUUCGGCACUACGAGCGCCAGAGGUGGACGACCAUGGGAGGUGAGGAUGAGAUGGAAAUGAUCAAAGACUUGCCCGAGGGGCUACGGCGGGACAUCAAACGAUACCUCUGCCUCGACCUCAUCAAGAAGGUGCCGUUGUUUCAUAACUUGGACGAUUUGAUUCUCGACAACAUAUGUGACAGAGUCAAGCCAAUCGUGUUCUCCAAGGAUGAGAAGAUAAUAAGAGAAGGCGAUCCAGUACCAAGAAUGGUGUUUUUAGUCCGCGGGAAGAUAAAAAGCUCGCAGAAGCUAAGCAAGGGAGUUGUAGCAACUAACAUGCUCGAAGCUGGAGGCUUCCUUGGCGACGAACUUUUGUCAUGGUGCCUACGCCGGCCAUUCAACGAACGGCUUCCGGCUUCGUCGGCGACGUUUGUGUGUGUGGAAGCUGCGGAGGCAUUUGCUCUCGACGCCAACCACUUGAAGUACAUUACGGACCAUUUCCGGUACAAGUUUGCGAACGAGAGGCUGAAGAGGACGGCGAGGUAUUACUCUUCGAAUUGGCGGACGUGGGCGGCCGUGAACAUUCAGUUUGCAUGGCGGCGGUACAGGCGGAGGACCAGAGGUGGCGGUGGUGCUGGUCCGAUGAACCCUGUGGUGGAGAGUGGUGGGGAUAUGGAAAAUAAAUUGUUGAGGUAUGCCGCCAUGUUCAUGUCGAUCAGACCACAUGACCACCUUGAAUGAAUGAAAUCAGAUAAAUGGGUGAAUUAGAGUGCAAUGUUUUUGGUAGACACUUGUUAUUUCUUUUCUUUAUUCAUUUGUUGUCAUUUGUCUUCAGAUUAUGAACAAAGCAUAUCCUCCAGUAUGUUCAUGUUAUAUGAUCAUGUUGGAGGGUAUUCUCAUUGAUAGCUCCAUGAAUAAAGAAGAUAAAUUAGUUAGUUCUUUUUGGAGUAGGGUUCUUGAUGCCAUAACAGGCAAACACUAA